CACUGAAGAGCACAAGUCUUUGCCCCCAGUGUCAGGUAGCUGAGAAUGCGUUUGUCCAAAGCACUAGCAGACAUGGAGAUGGCAGACUAUAGCGAGGCCCUGGACCCGGCCUACACCACCUUGGAGUUCGAGAACAUGCAAGUGCUCGCCAUGAGCACAGACUCCUCACCAGCUGAGGGUGCCAACCUGAAUGCUGCCAACCACCUGGGCACGGGGACUCUGUGUGCUAUCUGUGGUGACCGGGCAACAGGAAAACACUAUGGAGCCUCCAGCUGUGAUGGCUGCAAGGGUUUCUUCAGACGCAGCGUUCGCAAAAACCACAUGUACUCGUGCAGGUUCAACAGACAAUGCAUAGUGGAUAAAGACAAAAGGAACCAAUGCAGAUACUGUAGGCUUAAGAAAUGCUUUCGGGCUGGAAUGAAAAAAGAAGCUGUACAGAACGAAAGAGACCGAAUCAGUACCAGAAGGUCCAGUUAUGAGGACAGCAGCUUUCCCUCCAUCAAUGCACUCAUCCAAGCUGAUGUUCUCUCCAGACAGAUCUCCUCUCCAGGUCCGAUCAUGAACGGUGACAUCAGAGCAAAAAAGAUGGCCACCAUUACAGAUGUGUGUGAAUCUAUGAAGCAGCAACUGUUGGUACUGGUAGAGUGGGCCAAAUAUAUCCCAGCCUUCUGCGACCUCCCACUGGAUGACCAGGUGGCUUUGCUACGUGCUCAUGCUGGAGAACAUCUCCUGCUUGGAGCUGCCAAGCGCUCCAUGCUCUACAAGGACCUUCUGCUAUUAGGUAAUGACCAUAUAAUUCCUCGGAAUUGCCCCGAGUUGGAAGUGAGUCGUGUAGCAGUAAGGAUCCUUGAUGAGUUGGUCCUUCCUUUCCAGGAGCUCCAAAUAGAUGAUAAUGAAUAUGCCUGCUUGAAGGCCAUUGUAUUCUUUGAUCCAGAUGCCAAAGGUCUAAGUGAUCCGAGCAAGAUCAAGCGGAUGCGUUACCAGGUGCAGGUCAGUUUAGAAGACUACAUCAACGACCGGCAGUAUGACUCACGGGGACGAUUCGGCGAGCUGCUGCUUCUGUUACCCACACUACAGAGCAUCACCUGGCAAAUGAUUGAGCAAAUCCAGUUUGUUAAGCUGUUCGGGAUGGCCAAGAUCGACAACCUCUUGCAGGAGAUGCUUCUGGGAGGUUCUGCUAAUGAGGCCCCCCAUGCUCCUCCAUCUCUGCAUCCACACCUGGUCCAUGAGCACCUCAGCAACAACGUCAUUGUGACCACCAGUAUGGCCACUCCAAUUCACAAUGGACAAAUGUCCACACCUGAAACUCCAAUCCCAUCUCCUCCACCAGCUUCCAGCUCUGAGCAUUACAAACUGGCCCAGGGCGUCAUAGCCACGGUGCCUAAACAGCCGACAGCCAUUCCUCAGCCCACAAUCACCAAGCAAGAGAGCAUCUGACCAUCUCAAAAAAAAAAAAAUCCCACAUCCUAAAACAAAUUAGCUGUGGACAGCUGGCUUGCUUCAGAGAUUCCUGGAAAAUGUAGUACAACAUGUUUUUACUAGUUAUAAUUUUGAGGCAGCCAUUAAAAGUCCAUUGGUCUAUUGGUAAACCAUUUGCUCUGGGAAGGAGUGUUUGCAAGUGGUAUAAUAUAAAGUACAUUAUGGGUUAUUUUUAUUUUUGUUUAAACAUUACAGUGACCAACAAAAGAAAACCCCCCAGUCAUAGAUAAUGACAUGUAGACCAAAAGAGCAGAAACCUCAGGAUUGUACAGUAGAUCUACUGUGGAAGAGGCUUUUAUUAUUUUUUUUUUUAUGUAUUCAAUCAACCUGCCUUAUAGGCUGAUGUGUUUUUUAGUGGUACAUAUUUAUACUCCCCUAGGAGAAAUUCAUAUUUCAACAUGUCAACAAAGAGAAUUAGCAAAGUUUAUAUUAAUAUUAUUAUAUUAAGAUUAAAUAAAUGUUACAACAGGCCUUUCAUCUGGCAAAAAUCAGAUGUGUAUGUUGUACAGUAUUUUAAUGACUGAGUUAAUAUGAAUGAUUUUUAAAGUACUUAGGAAUACGCUACACUGUUUGUGCCUUACAAGCUUACAAUUUGCAUAAACUGCUCUUCAUGAGCUGUUCAUAUAUUUUUUUUCUUUGAUGUAUCAUAGAAAAUGUACAUCUCAUGCUUUCUGUUUUAGCUUUCGAUUAUAUAUUUGUUGUGAGAAGUUCCAUAUGUCCAGUAUUUAAGUCUAUUUAGAGACAAAAAACUUCUUAAAUGUCCUGUUCUACCCCAUUA